AUGUCCCUCCAAGGGAAGGCUGUGGUGCUGAUGGGCAAGAACACCAUGAUGUGCAAGGCUAUCCGAGGGCACCUGGAAAACAACCCAGCUCUGGAGAAACUGUUGCCUAAUAUCCGGGGGAAUGUUGGCUCUGUGUUCACCAUGGAGGACCUCACUGAGAUCAGGGAUGUGCUGCUGGCCAAGAAGGUGCCAGCUGCUGCUCGUGCUGGUGCCAUUGCACCAUGUGAAGUCACUGUGCCAGCCCAGAAUACUGGUUUGGGACCUGAGAAGACUUCCUUCUUCCAGCCUCUGGGCAUCACCACUAACAUCUCCAGGGGCACCCCUGAAAUCCUGAGCGAUGUACAGUUGAUUAAGACUGGAGACAAAGUGGGAGCCAGCGAGGCCACCCUCCUGAACAUGUUGAACAUCUCCCCCUUCUCCUUUGGGCUGGUCAUUCAGCAAGUGUUUGUCAAAGGCAGCAUCUACAACCCUGAAGUGCUUGACAUUACAGAGGGAGCUCUCCAUACUCGCUUUCUGGAGGGUGUCCGCCAUGUUGCCAGCGUUUGUCUUCAGAUUGCUUACCCAAAUGUCGCAUCAGUGCCCCAUUCUAUCAUCAAUGGAUACAAGCCGGUCCUUGCUUUUUCUGUGGAGACUGAUUACACCUUCCCACUUGUUGAAAAGGUCAAGGCCUUCUUGGCUGGUCCAUCUGCAUUUGUGGCUGUCCCCCCUGUCACUGCUGCCACCACUGCUGCUCCUGCUGCUGCAGCUGCCCCAGCCAAGGUUGAAGCCACGGAAAAGUCAGAGGAGUCUGAUGACGAUAUGGGAUUUGGCCUCUUUGACUGA